AUGAAACUCAUUCGCCAGAAGUCAUCAGAUGAAGAAAUCGAAGCUGUGAUUACCUCAAUUGAAGAACAAGCUAAAACUCACGGGCUGACGGAUCCUCUUAUUGCUUCUACUGACGUCUACGUGACUUCUAUUUGCUACGUGGGAUCCAAAUCUCUCUCACAUUUCCUCUCCUGCAUCGAGCGCUGCAAGGACCGACUCCUUGCCAUUGGUCCAAAGUCUGAUGCUGCACGCCGUCAAAUAAUCAAUUCAGUCAUGGAUUACUGGGUCGAUCAACCUGGAAUCGGCAUCAACAUCAUCGACAAGCUGUUGAACUAUACCAUUCUCACUCCUCUCUCUGUCCUCGAAUGGGCGCUAGUUGACAACCUUGCCGCGGGUUCAACAUUGGCAAAACCACAUAUCUUCGAAAUGAUAUCCGCCACAAUGCGCAAGGUGACAAACCGAAUGCGUCAGAUUGUGGCAGCUAGAACUCAGCCAACGCUAUAUGAACCGCAGCUCAGCAUCCUAGAUGAAACACUCAAAAAAGAGAAGGCGGACAUGCUUUCUAUGUUCCAGCUAAUCGAAGAUACACUAGUCCCUGUAGCUGGUGGCUAUAGCGAUGGCAUGAUGGAGCGGACGGAGGACGACUCACUCCAGCCUGAAAAUGCGAUGAUUCAGCAGUGGGGAAGCAGAUGGUUGAAUGUCUUUAGACGCAAGGUUGCAGUUGAGAGGGCGUUCAUUGAUGAGGCAAUGACCUCCGCUCCGGCUCUUGGAACCAUGGCUCCUCCUGCACCAUCGCUGGGAAUUGAUGAGAAGACCGAGGAAAGUAAGACGCUCGAGGAACCGCCUAUGGAUGUUGAAGAAAUGCACGACACUGCAGAGAUUGACUAG